ACCUACUUUAUAAUAUUUCGCGGUUUUUACAGAUAAUGUACUAAAUGUACCAUUCUAUUAAAAGUGCAUAAACAAUGGAUUCUGAAGUUGUUUCAUCGUUUUUCUGCAAGGAAGCAAGCUGCAAUGCAGCUAAUGAAACAUGUCUUACAGGAUCACAAAGCAUUUGUGAUGAUUUUCUUCACAUCAUUGACGAGUUAAAUGUAUUAUUGGGACAAUUUCAAUUCCCAUCUACAGUGGAAUGCAUAUAUAACCCGACUAUCUACGCCAGACACACAUUUGAAAUGUACGUGCGAAAGUAUUGUAAUACAAAAAAGCCGAUCAUGUACUUCGGCAUGAAUCCAGGCCCCUGGGGUAUGUCCCAAACUGGUGUGCCAUUUGGAGAAGUAAAUUCUGUGAGAGAUUGGUUGGGCAUACAAGGUCCUGUUGGGAAGCCGCCCAAGGAAAUAUCUGCCAGACCAGUUAAAGGAUUUGACUGUACUAGAACAGAAGUUAGUGGCAAAAGGUUUUGGGGACUGUUCAAAGAUAUUUGUGUAGUGCCGGAUAAGUUUUUUGAAACAAGUUUUGUCUAUAAUUACAUUCCACAACAAUGGAUGAAAAACAAUGGCUGUAAUGUUACUCCUGGUGAUUUGAAGACUCAACAAAUGGAAAAUCUUUUCAACAUUUGUGACCGAGUAUUGAUCAAAGUUCUUGAACUAUAUGAGGUGAAAACAAUUGUUGCUAUUGGGAAAUUUUGUGAAACCCGAGCUCAAAAAGCCAUAAAGAAGUAUAUGUCUGGAAGCCCAGUACAGAUACUUUACAUGCCUCAUCCAAGUCCCAGAGCAGUAAACAACAAUAAUUGGGAUCAAAAAGCUAUUGCAUGCUUAAAAAACCAAAACCUGCUGCAGUUUUACCAAUAGUGUGCUACUUAAAUUAGAGUUAAACUUACUAUAUUGAUUAUAGACUUAAGCUGUCUUAAACACCAUAAUUAUUCUGUGAUAUUGAUUAAGUAAGAGUUAAGGUAGAAAUAAAGUAUU